AUGCCAGUACGACCAGCCAAGUCCUGGUCUUCGACAUUACGAUUGCCCAAAUCUUCCUUUCCACCUCGACCACAGCCCGCGGAUCAACCCAAAUACCUGAAGCGAUGCGCCGAUAACCUGUAUGAGUGGCAGAGCCGCGAGCGAGCUGCCCAGAAGCCGUUUUUACUUCAUGAUGGUCCGCCAUAUGCGAAUGGGGCACUGCAUAUUGGGCAUGCGUUGAAUAAGAUUUUGAAGGAUGUCAUUUGCAGGGUAAAGGUGCAACAAGGUCGAAGAGUAGUCUAUGUCCCCGGAUGGGACUGCCACGGCCUCCCCAUUGAGAUCAAAGCCCUCGAGAAGCAACGAGAACUACACAAGGAUGGAGAGGGCGUGCUGGAUGCUGUUGGUGUGCGGCGAGCAGCUCGGUCACUUGCUACUAAGACUGUCAAGGAACAGAUGAAGGGAUUCCGAGAAUGGGGCGUCAUGGCAGAUUGGGACAAGGCCUGGACGACAAUGGAUAAAGGUUUCGAAAUCAAGCAACUUGGUGUCUUUCAGGAGAUGGUGAAGAAGGGGCUGAUCUUCAGACGGCACAAGCCGGUAUAUUGGUCGCCAUCUUCGAGGACCGCUCUUGCUGAAGCGGAGCUGGAAUACAAAGACGAUCAUGUGUCGACGGCAGCUUAUGUGAAGUUUCCUGUUACAGGUGUACCAGAGGGACUGAAAGGCAAAUUACCGGACGGUCAACUCUAUGCGGUCAUCUGGACAACUACACCGUGGACCUUGCCCGCGAAUAGGGCGAUUGCUGUACAUCAUGAUCUGGAAUAUUCGGUUGUCGAGAGCGGUUCAGACCUCCUGCUCAUUGCGAGCACGAGGUUGUCGCAGCUUACUGGGAUGCUCUUUGGAGAAACGGAGGUGGAGUUGGUCCUUGAUUCCCUCCGAGGAAGCGACUUGGUGGGGGCACAGUACGUCAAUGUUCUCCGAGGCAAAGAAUCAGUUCCUCAGCCGGUCGUUCACGCAGAUUAUGUUUCUGCUGAAUCAGGAUCCGGCCUCGUUCACAUGGCUCCUGGUCACGGAAUAGAAGACUAUGAUGUCUGCACUCCAUUGGGAAUCAAGGCCGAUGCACCGGUCAACGACCUUGGCUGCUUCACCUCUUCUGCUCUUCCCGAUGAUCCGCAUGCUCUGGAAGGCAAGUCAGUGCUUCAUGGUGGAAGCUCCGAAGUGCUAAAGAUUCUCGGAGACAAAGUGCUUGCCGUUCACAAGUACAAGCACAAGUACCCGUAUGAUUGGCGAACAAAGCUUCCAGUCAUCUUGCGGGCCACGGAACAGUGGUUUGCUGAUGUUGGAAGCGUGAAAGAUCACGCUUUGAGUUCACUCGAGGAAGUCAGAUUUAUCCCUGAAGGGGGCCGUGCGAGACUGGAGAGUUUCGUGAAGGGAAGAAGUGAGUGGUGUAUCUCGAGACAACGCGCUUGGGGUGUUCCCAUCCCAGCACUUUACAAUGAAGACGGAGUGGCAGUCCUCACUGACGAAAGUGUCGCCCACGUCAUCUCUGUCAUCAAUGAGAGAGGUAUCGAUGCCUGGUGGACCGACUUACAGGAUGACCCAGCUUGGGUUGUCCCAGGAUUGGAGGGACAAUACAGAAGAGGAACGGAUACGAUGGACGUUUGGUUUGACAGUGGUACCAGCUGGACCCAGUCAGAUCAGCAAGCUGAUGUUUAUCUCGAGGGCACAGAUCAACACAGAGGCUGGUUCCAGUCGAGUCUGCUAACCCAUGUCAAUGCAUCUGGGAGAGAAGGAGCUCCAUUUAAGACUUGCAUCACUCAUGGCUUCACGCUGGAUCAAGAUGGCAAGAAAAUGUCCAAAUCUAUCGGGAACAUCAUUGCUCCCCGUCAGAUCGUUGACGGGUCAUUGCUCCCCCCGGUGAAGACAAAGAAGAAAACCAGCGGGCCCAUCCCUCAAGCGCUCGGCCCAGAUGCACUCAGGUUAUGGGUAGCCACCAGCGAUUACACACGAGACUUGAUCAUCGGGCAACCCGUUCUUCAAUUCAAUCACACGGCACUACUAAAGUAUCGCAUGACUCUGAAGAUGUUAUUGGGAUCCAUGCACCCCAGCGCCCGUACAGCACCCAUCACCAAGCUGGACCAAAUUGCACUCGCUCAGCUCCAGAUCGUGAUGACCGAGGUCGCCUCCUCGUACGAUAAUUUAGAGUUCUACAAAGGCAUCAACGCCAUUAACAAAUGGAUCAGCAGCGACCUCUCCGCCUUCUACCUCGAAGCGAUGAAAGAUAGGCUCUACUGCGGUGAUGGCGGUGGAGUGGUAGAAGAGAUCUUCCACGGUGUCCUCCGAAUGCUGACGCCCAUUACUCCCAUCCUCGUCGAGGAAGCCUGGGACCACCGUCCCGAAUGGAUGAAAGCAGAGCCUCAAAUCCACCCAUUCCACCGCACGCUCGAUGACCCGAUCAUCUCCCCUGAUCGCACUGUCCGCGACGACAACCUCCUCACCGAUCUUCCUUGGCUCCUCAAUGCCAACACGGCUGUCAAAACAGCGCAGGAAGAAGCCAGAGGUAAGAAGAUCAUCGGAUCCUCCCUCGAAUCUUCAGUUGUGCUUCAACUCCCUUCACAAGCUCUUGGUGUGUUUGAGCGCUAUGCAGAUGAACUUGAGACGAUCUUCGUUGUCUCAUCUGUGAAGUCAGGUGGAGAGGUGGAGGGAGCGUGGAAAUACUGCUAUGAUUUUGACGUUCCGGGUGGGAAGGGGACGGCGUGGGUGGUACCGCCGAAGGAGCAUAAAUGCCCGAGGUGUUGGAGGUAUGUUGCUCCAUUUGAGGAUGAGCUUUGUGGGAGGUGUGAGGAGGUUGUUAGUGUAUCAUAG